AUGUCCUCUACAACUUGUGAAAAAAAAUUAACUAAACGUCAACAAAAAUCUUUAGCAUUUCGAAAAAAUCAAAGAAAAAAAUCUAAGCUAAUUACAGAUAAAGGUCAAGAGGCUGAAGAGGAUACUAGUGUAAAUGAUGUUGAAAACUUAGAUAAAUCAAUAAAAGAAAAAAAUUAUUUAAGUGAACAAUUAGAUAGUGAUCAAAAUGAUAAAUGUGAAGAUAUAGAAGACAGAAUUGUACAAGAUAAUCAAGAAAAAGAUGGUGAAGAAUUAUCAAAGCAUUUUGAAUCUGCGGGUGUUCCUAUAUCUAUCCGUCUAAUUACUGAUAAAAAUACAAAAAAACAAAAGGGAUUCGCUUUUAUUGAAUUUGAUAAUCCACAAUCUAUGAAGAAAGCUUUGUUAUUUCAUCAUACAAAUUUCAAGAAUAGACAGAUAAGAGUUGAACUAACUGCUGGUGGUGGCGGUAAUAAAAGUGAAAUUCGUCGUAAAAAACUUGAACAAAAGAAAAAGAAAUUAGUAGACGAAAGACGCAAGCUUCAUAAGACUUAUAUUGCACCAAAGUCUAAGCGUCCUAAAGAUAUUAAUCGUAAUGAAUCAACUUCAAUAUUAAAAACUACUUCUCAACCUAAUAAUAAGGUACAAACUAAAGUUAAGAAACCAAGGUUGACGAGUUCAAAUAAUAUUAAAGUUAAGAAACCAAGAUUGACAAGUUCAAAUACUAUUAAACUUAAUAAUGCUAGAGCUUUUGGAUAA